AUGUUGCCUCCAUUCCAGCGGAAGCUUCCUCACGAGUCUAUCUACCUCGACGUUCCAACCACCGAAGCUGCCUGGCACGCCAUCAAGGACAUGGUGGUGCGGAGAGCGCCGGCGAUCGCCAUCGCAGCAGCGCUGGCGCUGGCAGUGGAGGUGCACCAGCACAGCGUGUUUGAGAGUGCUGAUGCCGCUGUCAAGCACAUCACUGAUCGCCUUGACUACCUCGUGUCCAGUCGCCCCACGGCAGUGAACCUAUCAGACGCGGCAGAGAAGCUCAAGAGGGUGGCGGAGGAGGCAGCCAAGGAGGAACCCACGCCCGAGGCGGUUGUGCUGGCGACGGUGCUGGCAGCGGACGCGAUGCUGGGUGAUGACGGUGCUCUCCUCUUUGACCUCACCCUUCAUCUCCCUGCCGUCUGCCAACCACCCCUCUGGGCCAACCAACCCCCCGGGCCCACCACCCCCCACUCUCAGGCAACAGUGCUGGCAGCGGAGGCGAUGCUGAGUGAUGACGUGGCUGUUCUUGUUGUUCUCACCCAUUUCCAGCCCAACAUUUCCAUGCCAUCUGCCAACCAACCACCCCUCCGCCCCCCUUUCCCCCCCCCACCACAGGCCACGGUGCUGGCAGCGGAGGCGAUGCUGAGCGAUGACGUGGCGGGCAACAAGCGCAUCGGCGCGUUUGGCGCUCAGGCCGUGGUGGAGGCGCUGACGCAGAAAGGCGUUGAGGGGAAGAACCUGCGCGUGCUCACCCACUGCAACACCGGCAGCCUGGCCACAGCAGCGUACGGCACAGCACUGGGCGUCAUCCGCUCCCUCCAUGCCCAGGGCCUGCUGGAGACGCGCCCCCCACAACCAGCGCUCGAUGCUGACGGGCAUUCCAUAUUCCCCUUUCCCUGUUUCCUCCUGGCCACAGCUGCCUAUGGUACCGCUCUGGGUGUCAUCCGCUCCCUGCACGCGCAGGGUCUGCUGGAAACGGCCGUGUGCACGGAGACGCGCCCCUACAACCAGGGCUCGCGGCUGACGGCGUUUGAGCUGACUCACGACGGCAUCCCCGCGCUGCUCAUUGCUGACUCCGCUGCUGCCUCCCUCAAGGCCGCUGGUCGUAUCGACGCUGUUGUUGUGGGGGCGGAUCGGAUUGCUGCCAAUGGUGACACGGCAAACAAGAUCGGCACGUACUCGCUGGCGCUAUCAGCCUUCCACCACAAGACGCCCUUCUUUGUGGCGGCACCGCUGUCAUCCAUAGAUGCGGCCAUUAAGACAGGCGAGGAGAUUGUGGUGGAGGAGAGGCACGCCAAUGAGCUCACUCACUCGCUGGGGGGCGCUGGGCCUCAUGUGCGUUACUGGACGGGCGAGGAGAUUGUGGUGGAGGAGAGGCACGCCAAUGAGCUCACCCACUCGCUGGGAGGGGCUGGGCCCCAGGUGGCGCCUCACGGCAUUGAUGUGUGGAACCCGGCGUUUGACAUCACACCAGCGCAGUUCAUCACAGGGCUCAUCACUGACAAGGGCGUCAUCUGGAAGAAGGAAGGUGCCUCUGUCUUCGACAUCCGCGGGUUCCUCCACUCCCUCGGCGCCCCCGUACCCUCCUCGCCCAUGUACCCGCCACCUCCCUCAACCAACACACACUCCAAGGAGGACGAUGCGCAGCCGCACACGGACCCGCACAAGGACCGCAUCCGGUUCCUCCACUCCCUCGGCGCCCCCGUGCCCUCCUCGCCCAUCUACCCGCCGCCCGCCUCCAACAACCCGCACCCCAAGGAGGACGAUGCGCAGCCGCACACGGACCCCCACAAGGACCGCAUCCGUAAAGACGCUCUGGAAGCCUCCCGCUUCACGCCCGUCAGCGAGCACACCGUGCCUGCCUUCCUCCAGGACCACCCGGACCUCGCCGCCAGGCUCGGCGGCGGCCCGGCGGAGUGGUCCGUGCGGGAGGUGGGAGACGGGAACAUCAACUUCGUGUAUAUUGUGGAAGGGCCGGGAGGGGCCUUAGUGGUGAAGCAGGCGCUGCCGUACGUGCGGGUGGUGGGCGAGUCCUGGCCCAUGACUCUCGAUAGGAUAUAUUAUGAGGCGCUGGCGCUGCGGCAGCAGUUUGCGUGGGUGCCGGAGCUGGUGCCUGAGGUGUUCUUUUUCAGUCACCCGAUGGCGCUGCUUGUGAUGCGGUAUGUGGCGCCGCCCGCGAUUGUGCUGCGGAAGGGGCUGGUGCAGGGGCGCGUGUACCCGCUGCUGGCGGAGCACAUGUCGUCGUUCCUCGCCAGCACGCUGUUCCUCUCCUCGCUCAUUGCCAUCAACACCGAGGUCUACCGCGAUAAAGUGCGGGAGUUCUGUGGCAACGUGGAGAUGUGUCGGCUGACGGAGCAGGUCAUAUUCACCGAACCCUACGUGCUCGCCACCAACAACCGCUGGACCACGCCGCAGCUGGACGCCGAUGCAGCUGCGCUGAGGGAGGACGUGCCUCUGAAGCUUGCCAUCACCGAGCUUAAGAACAAGUUCUGUGAACGCGCUCAGGCGCUGCUGCAUGCGGAUCUGCACACUGGCUCGGUCAUGGUCACGGAGGAAUCAACGGUCGUGAUCGACCCAGAAUUUGCGUUCUACGGUCCGAUGGGCUUUGACAUCGGGGCCUUCCUGGGCAACCUGCUGCUGGCCUACUUCAGUCAGGACGGCCACGCCACCACUGAUGACUCCCGUGCUGCGGCCAAGUGGGUCCUGCAGUGCUUCGUGGACACGUGGCAGCAGUUUGAGGCCAAGUUCCUGGCGCUGUGGAACGACAAGGCGCUGGCCAAGGGGGACGCGUACCCCCAGGCACUGUACCACGACAAUGCCGCGCUGCUCUCCGCUGCCCAGACCGCCUUCCUGCGCGAGGUUUUCCUGGACUCGCUGGGAUUCGCCGGGGCCAAGAUGAUCAGGCGCAUUGUUGGCAUCGCGCAUGUGGAGGAUCUGGAGUCCAUUGCCGACCCUGAUGUGAGGGCAGCUUGCGAGCGCAGGGCUCUCAAUUUCGGCAAGCAGCUCGUCAAGGAGAGGCAGCAGUUUAAGAGCAUUGCGGAUGUGGCUGCAGCUGUGGAGGCAAUAGUAUAG